AUGAACUUGUUGCUGUGUUAAUUUGCGUAGGAGUCGUGUUUUUCCACCCACUGUUUCGUGUGAACUUUGAUGGAAAACGCUUGAAUUAUCAUCGACAUCAAGGAAGCGGAGUGUCAGAGAGGAGAGGAGGAAAAACUUCAGAGAAAGAGCAUGAGCACACCAUCCUCAGGUCGGAAGACCCCAGUGGACUACGGUGUCCAGAUCCGCUUUAUCAAUGACCUGUAUGACACUGGCGGGGGGCAGCCAGCGCCCCAGCCUAAGACCAAGACCCAGACUUCCAAGUACGGUGUGGCGGUACGGGUGCAGGGAAUUGCUGGCCAGCCGUAUGUGGUCCUGAAGGACGGAGAGAAAGGAGACUCGUAUGGAGUUCAGCUCAGGACCCAGAGCCACUCUGGUUACAGCAGCCUUCCUCGGAGGAGAGACAGGGCCGAGCCAGGAGCAGAGGGGGCAGAUUUAGGAGGAGGAGGAGGGCAGGGAGGGGCGCUACGCCGAGCCCAGUCCCAUGGGUCACUGCUGGACAGGGACGGAGAGGGAGGGGCAGGUAAUGGGGAUUUUCAGCUGUCUAGGCCACCGGGGGAUGGGAAGUCUGGGAGUUAUGGGAAUUUGGAUGGAGGAAUAGGAGUAAGGGGGGAGAGGGGGCAGGUUCAACAUGUCGGUGGUAGAGAGGGGGUUGUGGAAAGGAAUAUGUGGGAUGGUUCAUACAAAGCAGGGCUCAACGGGUCAGCGGGGUCACUGAGGAGCAGUCAGUCCUACCCUGAUCCUCCUCAACAUACAAACCAGAGACAAACUCCUGUCAACAGACUGAUAAACAGGUUUGAUGAUGGCAACACUGGAGGCCAACAGAGAGGACUCACUCCUGAACAACAAGAUCCCAGAUCUACAUCUCCUCUUCUCACCCCCAACCCCUACACCUCACCUCCGUCCUCAACUCAUAGCAGCCUGGGACGCAGCCAGCCCGCUGUCACCAAAUUUCCAGGACAGUCUGCUACUCAGUGGACUUCACCAGGGAGAUACGCCGCUGCGGAGACACUGCAGACCACUCUGACUGAGGCACAAGUGACUCCUGACCUUUUGCUGGACCAGGGUCAGAGCGCAGAGACGAGCAGUGAGGAGGAGCAGCUCAUGCAGACUAUAUACAACAUCCUGAGACAAGGGAGCAGUGAGAGUGAUGUUGUCAUCAAGCACAAAGUCAAGGUCAUCCUUCAGAAGAUCCAGACUCUAAAGCCCAAAGAAAGACCUCAGGGGGAAUGGAUGAGAGAAAAGAGAGAGCUUGAAAGAAAGAUGGCUGAGCUACAAACUGCUCUGCAGGAGGAGAGAAGGGACUCUGUUAGCAAUUCUGAUCCCACUCUGAAAGCCGAGCUGGAGUCCUGUCUGGAUGAAAAUCUGCAGCUCCGAGAGAUGCUGGACCGGAAGAAGAAAGAAUUAAAUGAAACACAAUCAGAGCUGACUCAGCUGCGUAUGGACAGGGAGAACGCAGAGGCACGGGUCAGAGAAAUGGAGGACCAGCUGGCUGAGCUUCAGGAUGACCUGAGAAGGGAGAAUGGCAACAAGACGGACCUGAUAUCCUGUCAGGCACAGCUGAUGGAGGUUUGCCAGCUGAAACAGAAGCUGGAGGACACACUAAGACAGAGAGAGAGAGAGCUAACAGCUCUCAAAGGAGCUCUGAAGGAAGAGGUGGCCACUCACGACAAGGAGAUCGAGGCCCUCCGAGAGCAGUACAGCGCCGACAUGGAGAAGCUCCGCAGCAGCAUGGAGCAGGUGUCUCAGUCUCACGCAGGGAUUGAGGCAGAGCGAUUGCGUGUGAACGCGUCCGUUCGCUCCCUGCAGCAGCAGUUGGAGGACUGUAGAGACGAGAGCAGCCACUGGAUGGAGCAGUUUCACACCACCAGAGACGAACUGCGAACAACCAAACAAGAACUCCUGCAAGCCCGUCUGGAAAAAGAGGAGUUUGAGGAGGAACUAAAGGAGCUCCAGGAUAAAGUGAGCACCAUGAAACAACAAAUACCGGACCCUACUCACACACAGACUCUCAGCCAGGAAAUUCAGCGAUACACUGCUGAUCUACAGAAGGCCAAGUCUGAGGUGGAGAAGCAGAGGACUGCAUUUGACAAGAAGGUCAUGGAGGUCAUUACGAUAAAAAAAUCUCACCAGGAUCAGGAGGCAGAACUGAAGUAUGAAAUCGACAGGCUGAAGGACCAAUUACAGAGGGCGAGAGAGGAUAUUGCCAAGGCGCAGGAGAAGAACAAACGGCUCCCAGACCCGGCCGUCAUCUCGGAGCUGGAGCAGAAGCUCAGUGACACAUGUGCUGAAGCCACCCAGCUCAAAGAGAAACUCUCAUUAGCUGAGGAGGAAGUGGAGGCCACCAAAACGCGUCUCAAUAGAGCUCAGAUGGACAUUAAAUCGCUCCAAGAUGCUCAACAGGAGCAGGAGGAGGCCAACACACGUCUCAAAGAGAAACUCUCAAGGUUGGAGGCUCAGCUGCAGGCCAACGCUACAGAGAGCUCAGAGGCAGAGAUCGCCCUCCACGCUGAGGUGAGAAGUUUGAGGUCUGAGCUCGAGGAGGCCAAGAGAAAAGCCUCCAGACUGAGCCAGGAGCACCGCGACUUUAUCCUGCGUGUUGAGGAUACGGGGAAAGAAAAAGACACACUCAAACAGACCGUCAACCAGCUGGAAGAGACCAAACGACAGCAGGAGAGAGCUUUGGAGAAACUCAACAAAGAGUAUGAGUCUCUGACCGUGUCCUCAAGAGAGGAGGCACAGACUCUCAGGGUUCAGCUGGAGGAGCAGAGAGAGAGGGCACGCAAGGAAAUGCAGGAGGCCCAACGUCACGGAAACGACGCCAAGAGUGAACUGGAAAGAAGUCACAUAAAUCUGAGGAGACUGGAGGAGGAGAUGUCACGGCAGAAGAAGGAGCUCCUGCUUGCAUGUGAGGAGAGAGACAACCACCAACUGGAUAAAGAGCUCCUGAGCAACAGACUGCGCCACCUUGAGGGAGAGAUGGAGGCCAGCAAAAACGGCCACAAUGAGAAGGCUCGGGAGAUCCGCAUUCUGGAGGACAAGCUGAAGCGUUUGGAGUUGGAGAUGGAGGAGGAGAAAAGCAGCGUGGAGAUGCUGACAGACCGAGUGGCGAGGAGCAGAGACCAGAUCGAUCAGCUCCGCUCAGAACUCAUGCAGGAGAGGUCCUCCAAACAGGACCUGGAGCUGGACAAGAACGCCAUGGAGAGACACCUGAAGGAGCUGAGGAGUCGUGUGGCUGACAUGGAGGGCCAGUCUCGCUCCUCAGCAGGAGUCUCUCAGCUGGAGAACAAGAUCCAGGAGCUGGAAGACUGCCUACGGAGUGAGGAAAGGGAAAAGAACUCUGUGUUGGCGUCUCAACGACGUCUGGAGAGGAAACUAAAAGAUCUCAACAUGACGCUGGAUGAAGAGAGACAAACCCACACGGAACAGAGAGACCAGCUCACUCUGAGAGUGAAAGCUCUAAAGAGGCAGGUGGACGAGGGAGAGACGGAGCUGGAGCGGAUAGACGGACUGAGGAGGAAGGCCCAGAGAGACAUGGAGGAACAGAUGGAGCUCAAAGAGACCUUGCAGGCCAGAGUCACCGCACUGGAAACUGAGCUUAAGAGAAAAACACAGGCAGCAAUGCGGCCAGCUCUGGAUUCAUCAGCCCUCAGCUCAGAUGACGACGACAGCCUGUAUGACCCCUCCACCAUCACCUCCAUCCUCACAGAGGGCAACCUCCAGACCAGCUCCUGCUAGAACAGCACUUCAGGGACGAGGUGAGGGUGGGAUACGUAGCACAGGAAGUGUAGGUUAGCUGCUUUAUAGACUGGGAGCUAAAGCCAAAAGGCAGAGUGGUACACACUACAGACAAUAGGGGAGGGCUGCAACGAUCUAAUGAUAUAUUGUAGAUGUUAAAUGAUUUUCCACUCCAGAGUGAAUGGAAGGAAAUAAAACAUCCUCCGCGUUUCAGGGUAUUUCCUUCAGCGUACAAUCUACGCUGACAUACUCCAUGGUACAGUUGGGAGUACUCCGACAUACAAAAAGCAACUACUGCACAAAGUCUGUAACUGGAUUGCGAGGAGAAAAAUAGGUUUAGAAGCAAAAAUAUACAGUACUGUGUAAAAGUCUUAGGCCACCUUAAACUUUAUUUUACAAGGUUACAACAGUCAUAAAUAUUUAUUUCCCAGUAGUCUUGUUACAAAAAUAUAACCACAACAUACAGGAAAUCUGUAUUCAGCAUUAAAAACACAAAUAUUUUGGAAUAAAACAACUUCAGCGGGUUGAAGUUUCAAGUUUUAGUGUGACCUCAUUUUCCGCCUAGCAUGUCUUGAACUCCUUGGGCAGACAAUUUGAGAUUUACAAAACUAAACUUCUGGUUUAUUCACAUCAGGUUGCAUUCAAGACCUGUCAAAAGCUUAAUAUUGAUUGUUUUAACUACCUUUUGCUAUGCUUGUACAAUUCUAUGAUUCACUAAAUAUUGACUUCAGUCCAAAGACUCCAGUUUGUUCUGACUUUUUUGGUGUUUGUGUGUAUUCUUUGUUUAUAUCUUAAUAAAGAGACUGAAUAAUGUAUGAUACAUAUCCACACUACAGCUUUGCUAAAACAACAAAUCUGUGUUGGCCUAAGACUUUUGCACAGUACUGUAUAUAUAAAUGAAAAAUACCUCUUGCAUUUUUGGUAUAAUUUUAGUAUGUCAAACAAUUUCAGAGUUGAGAUUCUGGGUCGGGCACUUACGGUACCAAGUCUGCUUUUGACUCAAAAAUGAAAAAUCAUUUCUCAGCGUGCACAGUUUACCGGUUUGAUAUUCUCUUUAGCACAGCCAUCAACUGACUGAACUCAUGAUUUCUGCACUCCAGCGUGCACAAACAUUAGAUAGAGGUAUUCACAAACAUGGACCAAACACUGACUUUAAGUGCAUUCAUAACUGAUCUGUAAGAAAUAUAACACUAUGAACUUUAUGCUGAUUUUCUGAAAGUUAAUUUGCUUCACCAAAUAUAAUAGUUUAAGGAAUGCAAAUUAUUCGCAUUGGAUAAAAUCAGGAGUUUGUUUACGUAAAACAAUUUAUAUUUUCACAUUUUUUUCUCUAAGUAUACAAUAUGUGUUUAUUCCACUGUCAAGACUUUAAUGGUACACUGUCUAGGAAAUUCAAAAUCAUUAAGUAUGACACUUAUAGCAUCUGAAAUGGGUCCUCUUGAAGAGAGGUGCAUUAUUAAAUACUAUAAAUGUGAAAGAAACCUCAUGUUGGUGUGAGGUUUUAGUUUUGUUAUCAGUUUGGUAAGUUACUUAAUUCACUGUCUCUGAAGCAGUUUCCGGGUGGAGGUGCAACAGACUUUUGGUUCUGUGGGGUCUAUUUUUGAGGACAGAGGGCUUCUUUGUCAGAAUAUCACAUACUGUAUGGACGGUUAUUGCUAUUCUGUUGCUAGGGCAACAGCAUGGGUCCCUGUUUAUUUCCUGUCAGUUACCAAGGAAACUAUAGUAUAGUAUAUUAUAGUAUAGUAUAUAGUUUUCUUGUUGCAUUGAAAACAUUCCAAUAGGAAAUUCACUUGGACACAUUUAGCGUGUUUAUUUUGUGAAGUUUAAAACGUUCUUUAAAAGUGGUUUUCCACUUUUAAAGCAAAAUAAUGGCCAAAAUAUUUUCUCGUCUGCAGUCAAGGAAGUUAAUAAGGACACAAAUCACGGUGUCAUUUCACGCCAUAUCAAUUAGGUACAACACAUGCGCAGUAAAAUCUGGUCUGCAGCUGCGAAAGGCUCAAUAGCUGGGCGACUAUCAUAGAACAAAAUUCGAACAAAUUUUUUCUACAUGCAGACGUUUAUCAAGUUGAACGUACCUAAAAGUUUUGUCAGCCCGAGAGCAUCUAAGGAGGCUAAAAAGAGCACACUUACAGCGCACCUGAGACACACCGUCCUUUUUUUUCUAGCGCUGUCUGCUGUAACCUCCAACAUCGCAGCGCCAGUCACAGUGCGCAUGUGUCAUAUUCACAGCCGUCCUGGGUCAAAAAGCGCGUCCCAGCCUCUUUUCGAAUAGUCUUGUCUGCACUGGCGCCCCUAAAGGGGAACCUGGGGGGCCAAUGUGAGAAUCGUAAGAUGCCAACAUUACUGAGUACUAGAAAACAUAAAGCCUGUUUAUGGAAGGGCAAUUGACACUUUUAAAAAGUGUCGCUCGGCAGAAAUGACAUCAUUUCGGCAGAAAAAACUUUUCUUUCAGGACUCACACCUGAAGAAUUUUAUUAUUUUGCAAACAACAUUAUAUUUUGUCAUGCUAUGUCAUUGGUGGUGUCAUCAUCAUCGCCAUGGAGAUAGUAGUUUCCAAUCCACACUGACUCCGACCGGCAUUCAGCGUCUGUGGCUCCGACGGAUUUCUUGGGGCCCCACUUCCUGUGUGAUUAAACUUCACAAGUUUAUUUUUAGACGCUGCACACUUUCUAUGCAUUCCUUUAUAGCAAGUCACUGAAAUAUAUUUUCCUUAUUUCAUUAUGAUGCCUUAAAAUUGUUAAAGAAUUUUGUAACUGUAAUUCUUAUUUGAAUGAUUUUUGUAAAAUGUUUGUAUUUAACAUUUGUAGAUUAUUUUUUUGGUUGAGUAUUGAGUUGAUUUUUGGAUACGAUUUGAACAAUCAGUCAGAGGGAUAAUAAAUGUGCUGCGAUGUUAUAUUUCUUCCGGUUUUCAGUUAAACUGGAAAAUGGUACUUAAUUUGAGAUUUUUUUUUAGACUGUGAGUAUAAAGAUGUAAAAUUUAAAGAUGCUGUAAUUAUUAACUGGAAAAAAUCACACUGUGACUGUACUUCACAAUAUAGAUGAUUUUCUAUCGCAACUUUAGCCACAAUAAAACUGGUAAGUUGA